CUGCAGCUUCAGACAGGAUGAAGGAGCAGCUCGUCAUCCUCGCCGUGGCUCCCCUGCAGUGUUAGUAAGGGCCGUCCCUCAGCUGUAGUCAGUGAUGUCAGACCGCAGGCUGGACUACAUCGAGCUGCUUCGACAGGAAGUGAGCAGGAAUCCUCACAGGCUGCUGGAUGUGGAGAAAGAGGAGGAGCAGGAGGAAGCCCCUCCACCCCGGAGGACCCUCCAAGCCCUCUGCUCUAUCCCCCGGAGGCUGGCCAUCUCUGCGGGGCUCGGGGGAACGCCGGUCACCCCCCAACUGAUUGAGAGCCUGAGGAGGAUUCUUCUGGGUGGAAACUUUCGUGUCUUCGACUACGAAUGGAGGAGAGCCUUCUUCCACUUCAGGGAACCAAACUCCGAGUUAGCGUACGCUCUGAAGGCUGAUGGGGGCGGGGCUCGGGCCAUUCAGAUGGUCGUCCAGGCUCGCAUCAUUAAGCACCUGCUGUUCGCCCGACAGAGCGACUCAGACGGACAAACGUUGCACAGUCUAACAGAGAUAGGACGGCGGGAGCAGGACAGGGCGUUGGCGGCCGCCCUGAGCGACAGCCUCUGGUUGGCCGGACAGGAGGCGAGCGCCACUGUCACCUUGGUAACCGAAGACUAUUGCAUCACAUCUCACCUGGACUACAAACUGGACACCUUCACAGAGAGGCUGCAGCUCUUCACGUUCAGCGAGAAGGACGCCAUCACCAGCUUCAUCCUCGACCACAUCCAGUGUUUUCAGGAGGAGGGCAGUCAUGGCGUCAUCCUGUUCCUCUACAGCCUCAUCUGCUCCCGUACCAUCGAGAGGCUGAGGCAGGACCUAGACUCUCCUACGUCAUACCUGCUGCACCUCAGCCCGGGCAGCUCUGUCUGUCGGCAGUCUCUGCUGAACCUGCUGCUGACCGGCAGAGCCAGUCCGCACCUCUUCAACGGGACGCGGCACUUCGGGCAGGACGGCCUACCUCUGCAGCGCCCCCUGCAGGGCGUCCUGUCUCGCAGCGAUGUAGGAUAUCUGCGCUGGAGUCGAGAGGAGAUGGAGCGCGGUGCGCUGCCGCAGGUGGGCAGCAUGCUGAAGACUCCCAGGUUCCCGGUGUGGGUUUGCAGCAUCAACAGCAGCUGCUCGGUCCUGUUCAGCGCCACCCGCUCGCUGCUGUCUGACUGGAGGGCGGAGCAUCUGUUCCAGCUGUACUACUACAGUGGGCAGAGCUCGCAGACAGCGACGGCCAGGCUGACAGUCGGUGAGCGUCACACGUCUGCAGGUCUAACCGGGAUCCGCUCGUGCUUCAUCCGCCAUCUAUUUCCUGUUUCCUGUACAGAUACUCACUCCCACCACUGGGAGGCGUCGUCCAGAGACAGAGAAGGAGAUCCAGAGAAACGGUUUCCCUCACUGGAGAUGACCAUCAGGACCAAGUGGGACGGAGCUGCGAUCGACUGGAACGGCGCCUCCCCCUUCUACUGAACAUCACCACAAACGCUGGUCUGCGGUCGUCACGGCGCUCCCGACUGUUUUUACCAUCACAGGAAACCAGAUGUUAAAAGUCCCGUUACAAACAGAAACCUCACGUCUUCAGUGACCACUGAUGAUUCAGACCUGAGGUGUUGGCGAGGUCACCUGUGGUCACUGACGAAUCAGCAAACACAGGCGAGCGUCUGGAGGUAAAAUGAAUCCAGACUCCGAUGUGUUUGCAUUCCCACGUUAUUCCCUGCUGUCCUCUGGACUCGUCUCUGACAUCAGCCAGGCCAGGUCAUCAGACCCUGACCACUUCCUGUUCUCGUCUCGGUGUUUCUGGGUGAAGUGAAGGCAGCUCUGUACUAGCGUCACGUCUGCCCAACGUUUAACCUUUGAACCAAACUGAUGUUUGUCCUUGAUGAUGUUUCAGUCUCAUGUCCUCAUCUUAAAUUAUUUGAUCUUCGUUUAGCUGAAAGUCUUCUGUUCCUUUGAAAUGUAACACAGAAAUAAA